GCAUCCGAUAGCCCGAUAACGUCAGCAGGCCAGGUGAAAUUGCAUUGAAAUAUAUGAAAUCCAGCUAGUCUUACAUAUUUAAGAAAUAAAAGCCAGGCUGCUGUAUUGAGGGGGCCCUGCGUAAGUAAGUGCGUCCAAAAGCAUCGACCGGAAAAACAAGCGAAUCGGAAUCGACCGGUAUAUCCGGAUCCGCACCCGCACCGGCUGCCAGCACUAGACUUACGCAUAACGCCGCUUAAGUUCAGUAUUCUGUAAGGAAUAGGUCGGUCUCCCGUUAACCAUGGCAACGGUGGCCCUGCUCUCACGGCAGCGCCUAUUCGCCUGCUCCUUGCGGCUAUGCGGUGGCGCCCACUCCAGGUGCCUGACGGCGAUGGCCAGAACCACGAGUCCGCCCAGCGAUUCGUGGCCGCUGAGGAAUUGCCGAAACCAGAUUCUGCCCACCGCCACCAUCCGCUUCAACCACAAGUCUGCCAACCCGACGGCGACGGCUGCUUCACCUCCCGCAGUCAACAGUUCCUCCGCAGGCGACAAGGAUGCGAAGGCGACCAAUAGCACUUCGUCCAGUGAUCUUUUCGGCGAGGCGGCCAACAUGGGUCUGUUCGCCAAGUUCAAGCACAUGUACAAACAGUACUGGUACGUGCUUAUCCCGGUGCAUGUCCUCACGUCAGUGGGCUGGUUCGGAGGCUUUUACUACCUGUCUAAGAGUGGCGUUGAUGUGCCCGCUCUGCUGCAGUACGUACACCUGAGUGAGAACAUAAUUGAGAAGGUACAGGGCUCGGAUAUGGGCCACUAUGCCAUCGCCUAUCUCUGCUACAAAGUGGCCACGCCCCUGCGCUACGCCCUCACUUUGGGCUGCACCACAGUGUCCAUUAAGUACCUGGUGCAACAUGGCUACAUCAAGCCCAUGCCCACCAAAAGCGAACUGAUCAAGAUGUACGAGAACAAAAAGGCCACGCGGGCCAGUGCCAAGGCGGACAAGGCCGAGAAGGACGAGAGCAAAUGAUCCUUGGCCACGGGCGAGGACGCUACCACUUCGGCGGAGUCGUCGCCGUUGCCACAGUCGCAAGAUCCCAAACCAUCGCCACCGCUGCUGCCAUUGUCAAUACUCCAAAGGAUCGGCGAUCAGCAGCGACCGACCGACAGCAAGCGGCGUGCAGUUAACCUGUUGUCUUUUUUGUUAAACUGUCGUCGCUCUUGCUGGCACUGGUGCUUAAGAAACCUAACUCUUGUCCGGAAUCACAGGCGAUCACAAAAGCAGCACCCUUCGCACUGAGUUACAGAUGCAGACACGCCCACAUCCACACCCACAAUCCCACGAAUUCCGAUUAAGAGACACCCUUGGAGGUGUAUAAAUAAUUUACCUAGUUUCUGUUAGUUACAAAACCGCUGGACUUCACCAUACAAAAUUUAAACAUACCCAAAAUAAUCCUCAGGACUUAAGGUGCGAAGUAGUUAUUUAAAGAUAUAUUUUUUAAACUUGAGAAAAUUGUCGCAAAACAAUAAUUUAAAUUUUAUUAUAUUUAAAUACAAAUAAAUUGAAGCAGACACCCCAAUUCAAGGGCGUAACUUGAAUCGCCCAAAUGGGGUUGCGAAUUGUUGACGUAUUUAUAA